CUACUCCUAGUACUAAUUUAUGGAGGUUGGAGACCCUAGUGAGAAUAAAAAAUUGAUUGGAAGAGAGAAUUGAGGUCCUGUGCAGAAGGCGCAGCCCUAUAAGGCGACUGAAAGUGAAAUGUCGUGCUUAACAGAACCACUGUACUGUAGCCUGAGCCUGUACUAAAGCUGAACGAAUCCACUCUGUCUAAUAUAAGACUCAGAAUAUGUCUCUAUUUUCACCAUACAUGAUACAAUAUUCUCUCUCUGUCUCGUCUUGUCUCUUUCAAAUUCAUUCAUUUCCCACACACUCUUUCACUUCUUCCCCAUAAAAUAAAACCCACCACACUCAUAACAUAUAUUCCCACACAUCACUCAUUACACUUCUUAUUCCAUAACAAUUCAUUCUACCUUUUAGUGACGCAGCUUCUUGUCCGUCCGUCUGCUUAGUAGUUAUUUUAAUUAUAAUUUGUGUGGUAAUUUAUUCAUUCUUCAACAAAAACUUGUUUGUUUUCAAACUCUCAGCAACUAACUUCUUCAAAACUAAACAAUGCCAUCUUCAGACUCCGGUGAGAGCCGCCGAUCAACCAAACCACAAAACCGUCCAGGUCCAGGAGCACCUGCACCUGAGCAAGAGAAUCUACCAUGUCCUCGUUGUGAUUCAACCAACACUAAAUUCUGUUACUACAACAACUACAACUACUCUCAGCCACGCUAUUUCUGUAAAGGUUGUCGCCGCUACUGGACUCAAGGAGGUACUCUCCGUGACAUCCCCGUCGGCGGAGGUAACCGCAAAAACGCCAAGCGCUCCAGAACUCAGCACAUUGCGGUGACUUCCUCUUCUUCUUCGUCAGCCGUAACUUCUGCACCGGAGCACCGCCACUAUCAAUCAAUGACACCCAUCUCCGCCGUACAAGGAGGUUCUUUUCCGUACGGUGGAAAUGUUGACGAUGAAGGAAAACAGAACACGAGUGUUUCUGGGAGCUUCACUUCAUUGCUGAACAACAGCAACACUCAAGGGAACUUUCUUGCUUUAGGUGGAUUUGGAUUUGGGCUUGGACAAGGGCUUGAAGAAAUGAGCUUUGGAAUUGGGAGAUCCGGUUGGGGUUUUCCAGGAAUGGUGGCUGGAUCAAACAUUGGUGGUGUGCCAGUUGUGCCUUCAAACUCAUGGCAGUUAGAAGGUGGUGAAGGUGGUUUUGUUGGUGGUGAUUACUAUUUCUCUUGGCCUGGACUUGCAAUUUCAACACCAGUAAAUGGACUCAAAUGAAACUCUAAUUUUUCUUGGAUCUUUAAUUUUUAUGUUUUAGUUUAAGUUUAGGCAUUUUUUUCUUUCUGAUAUGGCGUGUAACUGAAUUUGGGUAUAAUUAAUCAUCAUAUAGUAGUACUGCUAAGACUUCUUAUUUUGUUUUGUUGGGGUCUCUUGAAAUCCUCUAACUCCUCUUGUCAUGUGUAUGUUUACUGGUUUAAUUAAUUAAUGGUGUUUUAU